UGAAAAAAAGCUGUCUGCAAAAAGAUUGAAGAUGCAGGUGCCCUAAAACAAUAAUCUGUUAAAAAACAAACAAAUAUUGAGGAUGGCAGCUGCAAAUACGACAUUCACAACAGUGAUGAGAACAGUAGCAGAUGCGUUAAAGCUAGAUGGAGACGGAAAAGUUCAAGAAUCCUAUAUGAAGUACUUAGAAUGUGUUUUGAGAAUAAGUACAAAGCUGCUACAAGAUGCUAGACUUGGAGGUAACUUAAACAUCAUCAUUGGGAAAGACACAGUGAAGAUGGUUAGACUUGGUCAGCAGUGCAUGGAAAGGGUUGCUGCAGUUGUUACUCAGAUUGAUGCAGAGAGCAGUUCAUUAGAUAGUUUACAGAUAAAACCAUCAUAUAAACCCAGCGGUACCAAAUCUGAACCAUGUACUCCAUCAGAUCAGUUCCAAUCUUCUAAAUUUAACACAUUCCCUGAUAGUGUCCUUAUUCCUAAGGAACAGUCUCCAAUAGAACUAGCCUAUAAACAGAACCAACAAUUAAUGAUGGCCUACAAAGCAAGGUUGGCUAGACUGGACCCCAAGAGAAGAACGGCUACAGACUAUAGCCUGACAGUUCAAAGGAAAAUGGCAGAAAAUUUAGCAGUUGCAAAAGUACAAGAAGAAGCACUAAAGAAGAAAAUGAAUGAAAGACAACAAAGAUUAGAAGAACAAGCUGCAAGGAGAUUUGGAACACCAACAGGGUUAACAGAUGAUGAUAAAGAACAAAGACAAAUUUACAAAAAAGUACUGGAAUUUGAACAAGAGCAUCUUGUUUUUAAUAGUUGGAGGAAAAAGCUUGAGGAAAAACCAGAUGAUUCUGAACUUAUAAAUAAACUGAUACAAGAGAUUAUAAGAUCUAAUGAGCACCCAUUAACACUGAAGAUGAAGGCACUACAGAAAAAACUAUAUGAUAAGUUACAACACAUUGUCAAUGAGAAAAUUAAUAUUGUUGAUCAAAUUAAAGUUCCAUUGUCAGAGUCAUUGUAUCCUGCACAUCACUGGGACAAAAGCAAACAACAGGAUAACAGUAGCAAAGACUCCAAAGGUACCAGUUAUUUGAGAAGUGAAUGUGAAAGUAGAACUGAUGAUGGAAAUGACAGUACAGAUGAUAAAUUCCAAAGUGAAAAUAAAACUGACAGUGAAAGGGAAGUAAAUAAUGAGAAAAUGAAAGAUACACAUAUUUUACAGGAGUUGGACAAUGAAAGAGAAAAGUUGCAAGAAGUUAAAGAGGAAAAUUUAGAUGAAGAUGAAAAAAGAGAUAAAUGGGAACCAGAUUAUGCCACUGAUACAAGCGACAUUUCUGAAGUACAAACAAUAGUCAAAAAAGAUUUGAAAAAAGCAAUUGACAUGAAUGAGAAAGAAAGUGAAAAAUUGAGGGAUAGUAUCAAAGAAACAAAAGGCAUUCUUCAUCAAAUUUCACAAGAAUAUGACCAGUAUAAUCAAGAUAAUAUGGAUGAACUAUUUGAUGAUGAAAAUUCUGAUGAAAGUAAGGAUGAUGCAAAAGAUGAUGAAAAGUCUGAGAAGAAAAGUAUUCAAAUAGAUGAAGAAGAUCAGAAUGAUUCUGGUAAACCUUUGAAGUCAUCUGCAUCUUUGUCAGAUUUAAAGUCCAUAGAGAUGAAAAUAAAAAAUCUAAAAAAUGAGGCUUAUCAGCGACAUAUUAAAGCAAUAUCCCAGGAUAUUCAUAUGUACCUGGAGAAGAUGUUAGUGCUGUUUACAAUCUGUUAUGAACAGUUAGAUUGUAUUGAAGGCAAGGACCAGUGUUAUGCUUGUUUGGAGAAAUCCAUAUUUAAACCAGUCUGGAGAUAUUUAUUAGGACUUUUCAGAUUAGCUAAUGAACCAAAAGAGUUGACCUUGGCCUAUGUGAUGACAGAGAGACAGUUGUGUUUACCAGCAGACUGUAGUGUCAAACUAAAGCUUCAGAUGACAGAUUGUGAUGAACCAUAUAAUAUUGCAGUGACACAUCUAAAAACACUUCCAAAUCAGCAAACACUUCUGGAUAAACUAGAAUGUUUAGUGAAGUGUUCCAGAUUAGUGUGUCAGUGUAUUGAAGAUUAUUUCAAAAAUCUGAAAAUUCCUUCUAUUGGAGCUGAUGAUUUGUUACCUAUCCUGUGCUACGUUAUCAUUAAAGCUGGACAACCACAGAUCUUAUCUGAAUGUCUGAUACUGGAAGAGUUUAUUCAUGAAGGGUAUAUAAUGGGCGAAGAAGGAUAUUGUUUGACAUCCAUACAGACAGCUGUAGGUUAUCUGGUAUCCCAGGGAAUGGCUGCAUAGACUGGAGACCUGCUCAUUUAUAGCUUUUGGUUGUUAUUACCUCCCCUGAUAAAGACCUACAUAUAAUUAUUAAUGUAAAGAAAAUAUCAGUUUUGGGUUGUAUGGCUGUGAUAUACAGAUGCAAUGUUGUGUACUGGUAAAAGAUUCCACAUCAUUUGUGUAGUGGAAGUUUGUUUUUUAUUUGAUUUUGAUAUCAUUUACAAAUAAAUGUAUAGAUAUGUGCCAUUUCUUUAAAAGAACAUGAAUUAUAUGUUUGUUAUUCAUGAACGAGAUAUUGGAAAUAAUAUUUAUUUUCAUACUGAUGUAUUACUAAAUAAAUUUCACCUGAUUAGGCAAUGCUUUUAAGAAUAGCUAUGAAAGAACAUAGUGUGUGAGUAUUCACCCUAGAAUGUUCAGUAAUGUUUGAAUUAUAUUAAUCAAAGGAUCUGAAAAAAAAUCACUAUAUUUUGUUUUCUUGAAAAGAACAUCCCUCAAUUAUCCAUUUGUUAUAUUAAAAGCCAUGUGCAGUCAGAUGAGAUUAAAGCAGUGAUGUAUAUCUGUUACAUUUUCACUAUUGUGAAUGUAAAGUCAAUUGUUUUUUUGCAUAAUAGAAUUUGAAAAAAAAAUU